AUGCUUGUCUGGGCAGCUUUUGCUUUUUACUGCCUAGCAGUGGCAGCUCCGCUCCUAUUACUCCACUUCUGUCAUAAUCGGGAAAGAAGAACCCAUUCAAAGUUGUUACCACCACCAGGUCCUCCAGGCUGGCCAGUGGUUGGAAACCUCUUCGAUGUAGGUUAUAAGCUGCAAGAGACAUUUCUAGAAUUGCAACAGAAACAUGGAGCCGUCUUCAUGCUACGUUUAGGUGCUGUCAAUAUGGUAGUCAUAGCUUCAGCGAGUGCCGCUACAGAGUUAUUCAAGAAACAUGAUCUCGGUUUUUGCAACCGUCAUCUUAUGGAAGUUAUGAAAAUGGGAGAGGAUUAUAACAGCGCUACUGUAACCAGACCAGUCGGACCAUACUGGCGCAUGAUAAGGCGACUAUAUGCGACUGAGUUACUCUCCCGUACAGCAGUUACGAAUACUGAAGGCAGUCGACGAAAAUGUGUGCAACAGAUGAUACAAUGGGUAUCAGCAGAAGGAAAGGAAAGUACAAGUGUUGAAUUACGACACUUACUUUUUGUCUCUUUAUUUAAUUUGAUGGGAAACCUCUUGUUUUCAAGGGAUCUUUUGGAUCUUAAAUCUGUUGAUGGAAAUGAAUUCUAUCGAACCAUGGGGGAAAUUGUAGAGAUAACUUUGAAGCCAAAUGCAGCUGAUUUCUUCCCGUGGUUACGAAAGUUAGACUUGCAAAAUCUGAACAAGAGAAUGAAGAAUGCAACAGAUACACUCAUAAACAUCAUCGACGGCUUUGCAAAGGAGCACAGACGACAUAUGGAUUCUGUACACAAGAAGGAUGAGGUGAAAGAUUUUUGGACCGUGUUGCAGGAAUUUGAAGGCAAUGGCAAGGACGAACCAAGGAAAAUGUCAGACAGACAAAUCAAUCUAUUGAUUAUAGAAUUGUUUGUAGGUUCGACAGAGACGACAACCAGUACUAUAGAGUGGGCAAUGACAGAGCUCCUCCGCAAUCCAGAGGUAAUGCAAAAGGUCAACACUGAGAUUUACCACGUUAUUGGUUACGACAGAAAAAUUCAAGAAAGUGAUAUCGAAAAUUUGCCUUAUUUAUCCGCGGUGAUUAAGGAGACAAUGAGACUACAUCCAUCAACUCCUUUCCUAGUACCACGUACAGUUGCCAAAGACACAGGAUUCAUGGGCUGUAUGAUACCAAAGGGCGCACAAAUAAUGGUUAAUGCUUGGGGAAUUGGAAGGGAUUUAGCCGUAUGGAGUGAUCCAUUUACAUUCGAUCCGGAUCGUUUCCUGGGAACGGAUAUUGAUUACCGUGGACAACAUUUUGGAUUAAUACCAUUUGGAAGCGGAAGACGCAUCUGUCCAGGCCUCUCAAUGGCUCAUCAAGUUCUUCACAUUAUGCUUGGAUCUUUGCUUCAAUCUUUUGACUGGGCACUCGAAAGUGGUGUCACGCCUGAAACUAUAGAUAUGGGUGAAGCAUUAGGCAUAACAUUGCGAAAAUCAAUUCCAUUGAAAGUAAUACCAACACCAUCAGCUCUUGCAAAACAUUAG